AUGUUCAAAAAAUUAAUUUUUAUAUUUAUUUUAAAUUUUUUAAUUGAAAUUUCUAAAUCAACAACACUACCGGGGUUAUUCAAUGUAAUAGGUCCAUUCACGAUUGGAGAAAGAGAAGAAACUUUUGAUAGUUUAGAAUCCUAUGGCGGAAUUUUCAGUAUUCCAAUUGGGGAUAAUACAACAUAUCCAUCAGAGUUUGGACACAAUGGAGUGGUUGGAUGGAGACAAUUCAAUUCAUCUAUACCGGGCCAACUAGAAAUUGAUUGGAGCGAUACUAUAGAUUGGUCUUUUUAUGACACACCGUUUGGAUGGGAAAUAUAUUUAUGGUAUGCUUACGCUGUUGGUGAUUUCCAAUCCACAGAGGGUUCAAAUUAUAUUGUUAAUUGUAAUUCAGCCCGUACUUUUUAUAUUCAAACCUUGAGUUCAGUUCCAGGUACACCAAGUGUUAUUAAAGAAUUUACAGGCGAUUUUUACAGUUACGGAAAUGGCCAAAAUAUUGUUAGUUUAGAAGCUGGCCAAAACUACCGUUUUUAUGUUAAAAUGAUUAGCAGCACAAGAGAUAAUCUAUCACCUUUAGGUAAAUUCGCAUGCCAAUUAACACCAGUUCCAAUAUAUCAGGUUAUCACAUUAAUAGAGACCGAAUCUUUGGUUCCAGACAUAGUUGGCACAAUUUUAGCAAGUCCUUAUGGUUCAAUCACAGUUAUCAAUUCUGGUAAUAGCGAUUUAUUUGGUAUUUCGGUUGUUUUAGCAAAUAGCUCAUUAUCAUUGUUUAAUCUUAAUAUUUCAAAUAGUGCAAAUGGUAACGGAACAUUUAACAUAUUGGUUGGUCAAAGAUUAUCAAUGUCUUUUGAAAUUGAAAUUAAAUCAGACAGUACACAGUUAGAAUGUCCAAUGUUUUUAGAGUUAAAUUUGGUUGGAAAUUCCACAAUAAUUUUAAAUAAUAUCAACAUACCAUUCAAUUGCUCAAGUUUUGAAAGCCCUUAUCUCUUCACAUUUUUAGACUUUGAUAAUACUGUUCAAUAUGCUAUGGCAAUCCCACCAAUUAAUACUUGUGGUAAUUCAUCCGAACUUUGUAAUAUUAUGCUAGCAACACAUGGUGCUAAUGUUGUUGCAGCAGAUCCAUCAUGGACUAGUGUUCUUCCACGUCAAAAUAAUCUUUGGGUACUCGCUCCUACAGGUAGAACCCCAUGGGGAUAUGACUGGGGUUCUUCAAGCCGUUUAAAUGUAUUUAAUGCUAUUGACGCAUUAGUCACCCAAUUACCAGGUGUACCAUUAUCUCAAAAGUCACUAUAUAAAACAGAUGGAACCAAAAUUAUUUUUAUUGGCCAUUCUAUGGGUGGUAUGGGAUGCUGGUCCUUACUCUCAAGACAAGGUGAUUUGGCUUUGGGUGGUGCAUGUGCUUCAGGUUUUAGUAAGCUUGAGCUUUAUUUACUAUAUGAUACCGCACCAGGGUUUGCUUAUAUUGACCAAACCUUAAAAGGAAUUUUAAUGUCGUCAAUCGAAGAGAAUAAUGUUGAUUUAAUAUCAAGUAAUUUGGUUGGUUUACCAUUAAUGGCAAGAUAUGGCGAGAACGAUACAGUUGUUAAUCCAUACCACUCACGUCGUAUUGUUAGAAUGGUCAGCGAACAAAGUCAAAAUGAAACAGCAGUUAUGAUUAGCGAAGAGCCAAAUGCAAAUCAUUGGUUUAACGGUAUUUUAAAUGAUAGUUUUAUGCAAAAUUUUUAUAACAUCUUAGCUUCAAAUAAUCAAUAUUUACCAGAUAUACCCAAGACCAUAACUAUUAGCACAUUAAAUCCAGCAUCAUCAGGUUCAAGAGCAAACAUUUUAAUUCUUCAACAAAAGCAACCAUUUAGAAUUUCAAAAAUAAAAUUAACUCAAGUCUAUGAAAAAUCACAAUUGGUUUGGAUUAUUGAAACAUCCAAUGUUAGAAGAUUUGCUAUUACCCAAACACCUAUACGUCAACAAUUCCCAGUAGAGUUAAUUAUUGAUGGUUCUUCAUUUAAUAACAAUUUCUUUUACCCAGAUUACCAUUUCGAAAAUACCAAAGACAAUACAAAUAAGAAAUAUUGGACUUUAUCAAAUGAUAACUCGACAUGGAUCGAGAAUGAAAGGAAUCCACUUACAAAUGGACCAAUUAGACAAAUCUUUGAAAAGAAUUUCAAGAUCAUUUAUGGCACAAUUGGUCAAGGUUCAGCUACAGCCCAAUUAAAGCAAGGAUCAGUUUAUAUAAACAAUUUUUGGAAUAACUAUGGUAGAGGUUCAGCACCAAUAUUUUCAGAUGUAGAUUAUAUACCAAUUUAUUCAAACGAGGUGUGCAGUGAAAAUCAAAAUUUAAUUUUAUUGGGUUCAAGUUAUCAAAAUCUUUUUACUGAAAAAUUAAUUGAAAGAGCAGAUGUUUCAUUCAAUAUAGAUAACUCUUUUACAUUGGAUAAAAGCUAUGAGUUUAGUACACCAGGUUCAGGAAUAACAUUUAUUAUUCCAAAUUCAUGUGGUAAAGGUUUGGUUUUAGUCGUUGCUGGUAUUGAUAGCGUCGGUUUCGAAAACGCUUUACAUUCAUUACCAAAAAGAAGUGGAGAGGUUUCACCAGACUUUCUUAUAGUUGGUCCAGAGUACCGAGGUAAAGGUUAUGGCGGUAUUUUAUCUGCUGGAUACUGGUCAAAUAAUUUCACACUCAGUCCGCAAUCAUUUUAUACAAGCACAAUUUAA